UAACACUUCAUUAUUCAUUCCAUUUAGUUGAAAAAAUGCCUUUUGGCCAGUGUGUCGGUGCUAUUUCGGUCUUGAAAUCAAGAAAAGUUUACUCGCGCUAAUCGAAACAAUAAUUUUUUUCUUAAUUAAUUAAACUUAAAUUUACCUCAAUCGAAAAUUCCUACUACUUAAAAAAAAGAACAACAUCAACAACAAAACAAAUGUGAUCUCCCUGAAAAAAAAAAAAACCAUUUCCGUGUUUACAAAGCUAGCCUCUUAUAUGACAACGAAAUAAAAAUAAAUUUAUUAUAAAAUCUCUUCAAUUUCAUCGAAGAAACCUCAAUUACAAUUCAUCAACUUCAUCAUCUUUGGAAGUCAAUCAACGACAACUUCAAGCCUGAGAUAAUUAAGUGCAUACAAAAAACCCCCGCCGACAUUCGAUUUAAAACAUGUACGCAAGUUUGCCGUUGAACAUCUGAAAAAAAUUCAACAAGGAGGACCCUCGAUUGGUUGCACGUCCAGCAAAUCAUCAUUGCCAUCAACCAGCCAAUCCAACAACAACAACAACAACAACAACAACUAUACAACAAAUUCGCUUCAAUUUUCAGAUGUAUAUGAACUGGAGAUGAAUACCGUGGCCAAAGACUUAAGCACUGAAAGUGAGGCUUUAACGAAAACUUUCCUAGACCGAAAACCCAAAAGCAAACCCAAAUUGAACAUACAACGAGAUGUCCUUAACCAAGAAGCGGUUAUCAAACAAACACGCUAUACAGCCCGUGACAAGAGCGUGCUGUUUGGACUGCGUAAAUAUUGGAGUACCUGGAAUUUCUUGAGUCUGUUCACUGGAAUCAUUCCGAUAUUCCAAUGGUUGCCAAAAUACUCGGUUAAAAAUGAUCUUAUGGGGGACAUAAUCGCUGGCUUUACGGUAGCCAUAAUGAAUAUACCGCAUGGCAUGGCUUAUGGGAUUUUAGCAGGCGUCACUGCUAGCAAUGGAUUGUACAUGGCCAUAUUUCCAGUAUUAGUGUAUUUGUUCCUAGGCACUUCGAGGCACAUAUCGAUAGGAACGUUUGCCGUCAUCAGUAUCAUGACAUACAAAGUGGUGCAGACACACGCGACGGAGGACCAUCAACCGGGCGGGGAGGGUUAUACUCCAUUGGAGGUCGUCACCGCAACAGCCAUAAUGACAGGAGUGGUUCAUUUCCUUAUGUCACUCAUGCGUUUGGGUACACUCUCUUCACUGCUAAGCGAUCCUUUAGUCAAUGGAUUUACCACAGCGGCUGCAGUGCAUGUUAUGACCAGCCAGUUAAAAGAUGUACUGGGAGUUUCAGUUCCUCGGCACAAGGGUGCCUUCAAGAUCGUGUACACUUUCAUCGAUCUCGCCAAGUCCUUGCCAGCGGCAAAUUUAGCAUCCAUCAAAAUAUGUGCUUGCGUGAUAGUGUUCAUGCUCAUAAUGAAUGAGUUUCUAAAGCCUUGGGUGGCUAAACGCACUCGAUUUCCUAUCCCUGCCGAGCUGAUGGCCGUUGUCGGAGGAACACUAAUAUCCAAGUCUAUGCAGUUCAAAGAAAAUUAUGGAGUUGCUUUGCUCGGAAAUAUCCCCCUGGGACUGCCAACAUUUAAAACCCCACCGUUGGAACUGUUGCCGAUAGUAGCUGUCGAUUCGAUAGCCAUAGCUGUUGUUAGUUAUUCCAUUGUUAUGUCAAUGGGAUUGACCUUUGCCAAGAAGCAUUCGUAUGAGGUCCGACCUAAUCAGGAGCUUUUUGCAAUGAGUGUUGGAAAUAUUUUUGGCGGAUGCUUUUCGUGCAUUCCAAUGGCUUGUUCGCUAUCGCGCUCUGUAAUACAAGAACAAACAGGCGGUAAAACGCAGGUUGCAUCAUUUGUCUCGGCUAUGCUUCUAUUGGCAACAGUUCUAUGGAUUGGUCCUUUCUUUAGUACUCUGCCAAAGUGUGUCUUGUCAGGAGUUAUUAUGGUAGCACUCAAACCCAUGUUCAUGCAAGCACGGGAAUUGAAAAACUUCGCACAGCAAGGGAAGCUGGAACUUCUCACAUGGGUUUCUACUUUUAUAUGCGUGGUUUUCGUCGAUAUUGAUAUUGGGCUUCUUGUGGGAAUUUGUGUAUCCCUGAUGACACUCUAUGUAAAAGGCUUAAAGCCAUACAAUUCUCUUCUGGGAACUAUUGCCGGCAUAGAUGGUGUCUACGUGGAUAUUGGCCAUCACAAUAAUGCGGUGGAAAUUCCCGAAACUAAAAUCUUCCGUUACACAGGUUCUCUUAAUUUUGCAACAAGAAACUCCUUCAAAAAAUCUGUGUACGAAGCCAUUAAGGUUGAUUGUCAGAAACUUCGACAAGUUUCAUUAAUAGCGGUCGAGGCUAAUGGUGGAGAUAGCAGUUUGCUCAAUUCAUUCCGUGUCCUUAUUUUGGACUUUUCAUGUCUUGCCCAUCUCGAUAUGGCUGGUUGUCGAACACUAAGUGAAAUUAAGAAAGAAAUGCGUCUUCUCGGGGUCAGAUUAUUUAUUGCCAGUCCAGCUGAUCGAGUGUAUGAUACAAUUGUACACAGUAUGGCUCUAGGACAGGGUCCUUUCGAAGUUUAUGCCACAUUAAAUGAUGCUGUAGCCUAUGCAAAUGCAUGUCGUAAUACGUGAAAACAGAAAAGGUUCUCAAGCAAAUAAGAAACAAACCUACCUACAUACAUAACUUCGAAAUCGAAAAACUAACUUAAUCCAAUACUUAAAAAAAUAAUUGUUUUAAAUUUUAAAAAAUCUUAAUUAGUUUUAAGAAAU